GAGGUCGUACGGCAGCGACCACGGCCCAUGGUGUACCAAGAUAAGACAACGAACGGGGAAUUAAGCGCUUGCCGGACUUUGCGUUUGCCGUACACUGUGACAUGGCCGGCCCAGUCUUCUGGAAACUGGGAGGGAAGGCGGAAACGUAACUGCCUUUAUCAACAACAUCAUCAAAAGGGUUCUACGCCUUGCCAUAGAGAGCCAGCGCAGAGCGGGGAGGUUUUCACCGUUUUGUCGCCGUUUCGCUUCACUGACUUCACUUGGGCGGAAGUGGCACGGCUUUGUUUCCGUCUUAGGGAGUACAGCCACCGGAAGUGCAUCAUUCAACGUGAACGGACAUACCAAUAUUCGGGCUAGCCCAUCUUCUUAGUAUAAAAAGAACACGAGCGAAGCACUGGUCAGUUAACGUGGUGGUCACCCCGUACUUUGGAUUAUACCCGAGCUGUGCCCCGGAUUAAUGACCGCAGUACCGCUACGGACGGAGCGUCUCUUUCUUUAGAACCCAGCAAUGAUCAAAAGUACAGUCAACUAGUCAUGGCGUUUACUUGUGAAACGUGCGGAAAAAUCUUCACACUAAAACGCAAUCUCACCCGGCAUCAGAAGUCCCACAACCAGACCGCACCCACGCACGAGUGCGAUUUUUGCGGCAAAAAGUUUCCUAGACGGGAUAACCUACUGCAACAUCGGCGGCUGCACGAUAAAGCCAAGCCGGGCCCCACGUUCUGGUGCCGGUCGUGUAACGUGGCGUUUGACACGGCCCACGCCCUGCAGGCGCACCGACAAGCCGCACACCCCGUGGCGUCUACCUCUCGUCCACAAAAGAGGGUUUCUCUAGCAGACGGGGCCGGUCCCAGAGCGAAACGACGCCACAUACAACCCGCUGGAGACGACGACGCAUUUCCUUUUGAGGAAGAUCCGGAGGACGUGUCAGAAGAGCUGAUUCCCCAGCACGAAGACGUGGCUGUUCAGAAUCUGUACCGGCAGAAAUGGUCCAUGAUCAGGACGCAGUUCAAGCGGGGACAAAACAUCCAGGACACGUACAACUUUAGACUGGAGUCCGAAAAUCCCAGCGAUCUGGCCGACAACGUAUGGGCCAUCUUUGGCGACCAGCAAACCGUCUUUAAGAUCAACCUGUCGUUCGGGUUCAUCCUCCAGGACGGGGAAACGGGGGCACUGCGAUAUUUUUACCCUUGUGAAAAUAAUAACGGGUUUUUACCAGAACCCGUCCAAGUGGAAAACGAGGAUGAUAUCCGACGGUUCCUGGACAAGAUCGAAGAGGUCGAUCACAUGGAGCAGGCACGCCAGGAGCGCCCCAACAGCAAAACGGUCCUGCAGAAGAUGGUGAACGUCACGUUUUACGUCCACAAGAUCAAGGAUCAUCCCAUCGGUGCCCCCGGGACGCUGACAGACUACAUCAGGAACAGCAGGUCCAUCAUAGCCCUUCUUAAUGGACCGCACGGCCCGUACACGGACAAGCUCUGUUUUUUCCGGUGCCUGGCCCUCCAUCGGCAAUGCGAUCGCACCAAACUAGAAAGACCGACCAAAAAACUAUUCAAAGAGUACCUGGCGUGGGUGGGUAAAACGCCCAGGCAGUUCAGAGGCGUGUCUCUCAAACAUCUGGAGGAAAUAGAGACAUUGUUUGAGGUCGACGUGUACGUCUAUGCUCUACAACCCAACGGCGAUGAAGACGCCGAAGAUGGCGAUUUCUUUGCGGAGUUGGUGAGGCGUCCCCUGCCUACACACAAUAAUACGAUGUAUCUGAAUCUCUGCGAGCAACAUUACAGUUACAUUAAGGACUUUAAGACUUACGCCAAGUCAUACGCGUGUCCGCAAUGUGGAAAGAGAUGGACGCACCGCGGUCAUUGCGAAGCCCACAUUCGCACGUGCGACGGUAAGGUGACCAAGGUGUAUCCGGGGGGCGCCUACCAUCUACCGCAGACCAUCUUUGAAAAGCUGCAGGACGAAGGGAUCGUCAUCCCCGAAGAAGAUCGUUACUAUCCCUACCGCGCCUGCUUCGAUAUAGAAUGUCUUCUAAAACCACUGACUGAUCAAAAGACGGACAAGAUGACGUGGGAGGCGGCGCACGAACUCUUGAGCGUGAGCGUCUGCUCAAACGUCCCUGAAUACACCGACCCAGAAUGUUUCGUGUCCGAAGGCGACCCGACAAAAGUGGCUGAAGACUUGUUGAAUUUCCUACAGCAAAUCAGUCGUAAGGCGUACUCCCUUCUGUUGGAAAAGUUUCACUGGGCGGUGCUCAAGAUGGAAGAAAUUCGGCAAAGGGAUUUGGAGAAAGAGGAAAAAGAAGAAGAAACGGAAGAAGAAUCCCCGAAAGACAUAGUUGACAAGGCGAAGCGAAAAGAAAAACGCCGGAAAGAACAUUACAUGACCAAACUGAUUGAGGAACUGACCAAGUACAUGAGUCAGCUGGUGGUCCUUAGUUUCAACGGUGGGAAGUAUGACCUGAACGCCAUCAAAAAAGUGUUCCUCCCGCUGCUACUGCGAUCGACCAGCAAACUCCGACCCAUCAAGAAGAACAACACGUACAUGUCGAUUGAAACGGACGACCUCAAAUUCCUGGAUCUCAUCAAUUAUGUGGCGCCGGGCUUCUCCUACUCGAUCCUGCUGAAGGCGUACGGCUGCCAGGAGACAAAGGGAUUCUUCCCGUACGAAUGGAUGGACAGCUUGGACAAGUUGGAGCACACGCGGCUGCCACCACGAGCCGCCUUCCAUAGCAACCUGCGACAGUCAGACCUCUCGGAGGAGGAUUAUCUGUACUGUCAGCGCGUGUGGGAAGAGCAGGGCAUGACGACCAUGAGGGACUUCUUGAUAUGGUACAACAACAAGGACGUUAGCCCCAUGGUGGAAGCCGUGCAGAAGAUGACAGAGUUCUACCAGGACAAGGGUAUCGACAUGUUUAAGGACGGCAUUAGCGUCCCGGGUCUAACACUUAAGUACCUCUUCAUGAACCUGCCGCGCGAUACUUACUUUACUGUUCCAGACAAUGAAGACGUGUACAGAUUGUAUAAAGACAACAUAGUGGGGGGACCCAGCAUCAUCUUUCAUAGGUACCACGAGAAGGGCAAGACCUACAUCAGGGCCGACGAGAUGACAUUGUCGGGCAGGGAACCGAAACCUUGUCAAAAGGUCAUUGGCUACGACGCGAAUGCGUUAUAUCUGUGGGCCCUGAUGCAGGACAUGCCCUCCGGCCAUUACAUUCGGCGUAGAGAAGACACGGGGUUCGAAAGAGAAUAUUCCACACCUCAGUGGGGACGAAUGGCCGUCGACUGGUUAGACUGGGUGGCCCAAGAGCGGAAGCUUGCCAUUCGCCACAAAUUCAAUAGCACCGAAAAGCGCAUCGGGUCACGUCGAAUUCCGGUGGACGGUUUCUGUUCGGACACCGGGCAAAUCUUUCAGUUUCACGGCUGCUAUUGGCACGGUCACGCCUGCUCCUUGACCAGAGGCCAAGUCUUCAACGAUCGUCGCGGCAAGUCUUUCGCGACUUUGCGGGCGGAAACGGCCCACACGACCGAGUACCUGCGAGCGUGUGGGUAUACGGUCACCGAAAUGUGGGAAUGUCAGUGGAGAAACUUGGUAAGAGCCGACGUCCGAUUGGCGUCUUUCUUGGAAGGCCGCAAGACUCCCACCGAACAUCUUCCCGACAUGACCGGCGAACGCGUCCUCCAGGCUGUUCGCUCGAAGGAGUUGUUUGGAACGGUGGAAUGCGACAUCGAGGUCCCCGCGGAUCUCAAGUCGCGCUUCGCCGAAAUGCCUCCGAUAUUUAAGAACGUCGAGAUCUCCAUCGACGACAUUGGCGAGCACAUGAAGGAGUACGCCGAGAAGCAUCGCAUUAUGUCCAAGCCCAGGCGAUCGCUCAUCGGUAGUAUGUUCGGUCAAAAGAUCCUCUUGGCUUCGCCCUUGCUCAACUGGUAUCUCGACCACGGCUUGAAGGUCACUCGCAUCUACCAGGUGAUGGAGUACAGACCCAAGCCGAGUUUUAAAGCUUUCGGAGAUGCCGUUAGCGAUGCGAGGCGCAAGGGCGACGAGGACAAAGCCAAGAAGAUCAUCGCCGACACCAUGAAGCUGAUCGGUAAUUCGGGGUACGGCAAGACGGUCACCAACAAAGAAAAACAAACAGACGUCGAGUAUUGCCAAGACGUCGUGACCGCCACUCGAAAGAUCAACACUUUGCGGUUUCGGCAUCUGAUCGUGGUCAACGACGACAAUUUCUUUGAAAUUGAGUCGGCGAAGCGCACCAUCAAGUUUAACCUUCCCAUGCAAAUUGGCUUCUUCGUUUACCAAUACGCCAAAUUGCGUAUGCUCGCCUUUUACUACGACUUUAUGUUGAAGUUCGUGGACGUGUCCGAUUUCCAGUACUGUGAAAUGGACACGGACUCCGCUUAUAUCGCCAUCUCGGCGGACAAGCUGGAGGACGUGAUCAAACCCGACAUGCGGGAUUCGUACUUCCGCGAGAAAUCUGACUGGUUUCCCCGAACAGACACCAAGCAGAACGCGGCUUACGACAAGCGCACUCCCGGGCUGUUCAAAGAAGAAUGGUCCGGGAGCGGUAUAGUCGGUCUGUGCAGUAAAACGUAUUACUGUUUCGGCGGAGAUGACACGAAUGAGGACAAGUUCAGUUGCAAAGGGGUGAGCAAACGAUGUAACGACAUUAACCACCUCAAGUACCUGAACGUCUUGCAGACCAAGAAAAGCGGCCAGGGCAUCAACAAAGGGUUUCGCGUGCGCGAGAGCGAAAUACACACGUACACGCAAAUCCGCGAUGCCUUUUCGUACUUCUAUCCAAAACGAAAGGUUAAGCAUGACGGGGUCACCACUCUCCCUCUCGAUAUUUAGAGAGGCUAGCGUGUCAUUAUAAUAGUAUGGUAGACGCAUAAAUAGUACUGCUGGCCAGAGUUGACGUCAUUUGCGGGUAUGGAUGCGAGAAUACACCAUCCAUGUCGAAUGGUUCUAGCGGGCUGUUCUGGCUCUGGAAAAUCUUAUUUUGCUCAAAAACUACUGACGACGGGAGCCAGUUGGCUUGAUCCCGGGCCUUUUGAACACGUGGUAUGGCUGUACUCGGAGUUUCAGGACAAGAUCCACCGCGAGCUGACUUCGAAACUAGGGUCAAAAGUUCAGUUCGUAGAGGGCCUUCCCAACAAUUGGAAUGACGUCAUUAAGCCGUCAUGCCGCAACGCGCUAGUGAUUGAUGAUCUCAUGAUUGAGUCGGCCAAGGAUACGGAUCAAAGAGUUACAAAACUGUUUACCCGAGCCAGCCGUCAUCGUGACUUGUCGGUGAUUUUUCUCGUUCAGAAUUUGUUCUUUCAAGGCCUGAGAACCAUUUCUCUAAACUCCAGUUACAUCGUCCUGUUCAAAUCGCCAAGGGAUCAAAGUAUGAUCACCACGUUAGCGCGGCAAAUGUACCCGGGACACGGUAAAUUUCUUAGAGAGUGUUACGAAGACGCCGUGAAUAAGACGACGUACGGGCAUCUCUUCCUUGACCUCCAUCCCGAAACGCCUGAGGACCUGCGCGUGAGAACCAACAUGCUGACGCCGCAACCCCAAGUGUACCUGAGAAAGUGAUAAAACGUUCCGUUCGUCCACACCACGGUCUCAUUUUGCCGAAGAUGUCGAAGAGGUUACAUCGUCACGCCGAUUGUCUCCGGGUGUUGAGCAAGGCCAACCCGAAAUUGCGAAAAGCCAUUCUGUCGUCCGCCCCUAACGAUCUCUUGAAAUCGAUUUGUGACUGCACGCACAACGUCUUGAAGGGCAACGUUCGUCUCACACCGGCCCAGAAGAAAGGUCUGGCUCGGCACAAAGCCACUCUGCGUCAGCUUGGCGAUAAGAAGGUUCCCCUGACCAAGAAAAGACAGACGUUGAUCCAGAAGGGUGGGUUCCUGUCUCUUCUACUCAGUCCUAUUAUUAAUGCAAUUAGUUCCUUAUUUGGAGGUGGACGGAAGUAACGCCGCUCUGUCGUCAUGGAACACAGCAGAAAGAUGGCACUCGUGCCGCAAGAAUUGCUAUCAACGAUUCAGGCUAAGCAACAAGAACAGACCUCUCCCCUGGUCAAGACCGCCGUUACCUUGGACGAGGAAAUGAAAUCGGUGAUGGAACGACCCGAUCUUCCGGACGACGAGAAAGCUACCUUGUACCAACAACUCUUGCAGCGUUAUUUGACGUACAGAGAUAAGCGUCGCACAGAGCCCGUCACGGUCAGGGUAUUGUCCUCGCCUCCUACCGUCACCAACACCGCUACCACGGACGCCACCACGGAUGAAAAGUCCCCCAGCACCCCCGCAGCCGGCGGCAAAGAAGACAAGAGCAUACUGGAGGCCUUUCCCAAGACCAUGAAAGCUCGCGCACGACAGAUGCUCAACGUCAUCAAACACAAGGGCGGUGACAUCAUCGGUUAUAACGAUCAGGGACAGUUGCUCUACAACAAACAAGUGGUCCCAGGUUCAAAUGUGUCCGACUUGAUUAGAGACGCGAUGCAAAGGAGGCACGGGUUCAAUCCCACCGGCUGGCAAUCUUUCGCUAGGGGCCUGGCACGCAUCAAUGCGCCGGAAGCCGCUAUCAGGCACCCGACCCGGCUGUCCGUGAUCCAACGUCACAAGAGCCGCACCGCCCGUGGUGAAGAUCUGUCAGACGGAGAGAGCGAAGACGUCCUCCCAACACCCCAACCCAAGCGACGUCGUGUUGUCGCUCAAAGAAUCCCAGGAAAGAAGUGGAAAGUUGGCAGUGCAGGCACUACGUCAUCUGCAAAAUGGGA